AUGCGCUCUCUCUUGGUCGCGGCCCUGGCAGUGGGCGCUGCCACGGCAUGGAAGUAUCCCGACUGUCAUUGCAAGACGGGAGAACUAGCGUCGCUGACAUUUGACCCCCUCCCCUCAUUAGGAACAAGACAACUGCUACCGCAACCUGAUCGACGAGCGCUUCAAGCAGGAGGCGCCGGCGGCCUGCGUCAAGUGGCUCGCCGGGACGUACACCAACUCGAGCCAGAUCCCCCACGACUUCCACAACUGCAAGGACGUCAACAAGUUCUCGUCGGCCUGCUCCAGCACCCCUUACCCUACUUCCACCCCGUCGACGAGCUCGCCGUGCACGACGAGCACCGCCAGCACCAGCACCAGCACCUCGGAGACGAGCUCGCCAUGCACGACGAGCACCAGCACGUCCGAGACGAGCCCGUACCCGACUACGACUCCCUCGACGAGCUCGCCAUGCACCACCAGCACGAGCACCAGCACCAGCACCUCGGAGACGAGCUCGCCGUGCACCACCAGCACGAGCACUUCGGAGACGAGCACGAGCUCCUAUCCCACCACCACGCCGUCGACCAGCAGCACGCCUUACCCCACUACGACGUCGUCGACCACCUCGCCCAGCCCGUGCACCACCAGCACCAGCACCAGCACCUCGGAGACGAGCCCGUACCCCACUACAACGCCGUCCACGAGCAGCACGCCCUACCCCACGACGACUCCCUCCACCAGCAGCCCGUGCACCACCAGCACCAGCACCUCGGAGACGAGCCCGUAUCCCACCACCAGCCCCACCACCAGCCCGACGUCGAGCUCCCCUACGACCUCGCCGUCGUCGCCGAGCUCGAGCUACCCCACGACUGUGCCCACGUCGCCCAGCAGCAGCUACCCCACGACCUCGCCCACGUCGCCCACCUCGAGCAAGCCGCAACCGACACGACGUCUUGGACCACGUCGACCAUCUACACCACCACGACGCGCACCAUCACCUCGUGCGGCCCCGAGGUCACCAGCUGCCCGGCCGAGUCCACCACCUGCAUCACCGAGACCAUCCCGGUCACCACCACUGUCUGCCCGGUCACCACCGAGGCUCCGCCGCCGCCGCAGCAGCAGACUACGCAGUACACCACCUCGACCAUCUACACGACCAAGACCCGCACCAUCACCUCGUGCGGCCCCGAGGUCGUCAACUGCCCCGCCGAGUCGACCGUGUGCAUCACCGAGACCAUCCCCGUCACCACGACGGUCUGCCCGGUCACCACCGAGGUUCCCCCACCACCCGUUGUGCACACCAGCUACCCGGCCCCUCCCCCGCCGGCCCAGAGCUCCCAGCCCGCGCCUCCCCCUCCGGCCCAGAGCUCCCAGCCCGCGCCGCCUCCGCCAGCCCAGAGCACCUACCCUGCUCCCCCUCCGCCAGCCCAGAGCACCAAGCCUGCUGCUCCUCCCCCGGCCCAGAGCAGCUACCCCGCUCAGCCGCCUCCUCCGGCCCAGAGCACGCCCGCCUUCGUCACGACGACCAAGGCGCCCGCCACCGUGCCCAGCCCGACCGUCAGCACGCCCGCGCAGGUCCCCACUGCCGCCGCCGGUACCGCCCGCGUCGGCCUCGAGGUCCUGGCUGCCGCUGCUGCGGCCAUGUUUGCGCUGUUCUAA